ACUAAUCAUUAUAAUUUCAUCUAUCAUUCUAUUUUUCAAUUCCUAACAUUAUGGACUACGAUACUAUCGAAGCUCUGGUCGAUGCACCUUUCCAAAAGGAGCAUAAACCAUCUCUUUCCACGGAAAUGAAUACCGCACGUCGAGACUCAAGGAGUAGUGAACGAGUCCCGUCUGUGGAUGGUUAUAGAGAGAGCCGUCAGUCAGGGUCUCCUCGCGACACUGAAGGACGCUAUUCUAGAUCAAAAGACCGAGAUGACGAUCGUUCAGGAAGUAGACGCCAUCGACGCUCAAGAUCUCGUUCACCUAGACAUUCCAGGGACCAUAGGGAUCAUAGAGACUAUGGUGAUUAUUACAAGGAUCAUAGAGACUAUAGAGACUACAGAGAUAGAGAUUAUCGUGACUACAGAGAGAGUCGCAGCCAUCAGACUGACCGUUAUGAUAGGGAUCGCCGUAGGAGUUACUCUCGUGAGCGCAGCAUACGCAGAAGCAAGAGCCCCAGAGGCUAUGGAGGAAGUCACCAUCACCGCCGCCGUCGAUCCCCUUCCCCUCCUGCUGACGAAGCAACGUGCGACAGGAGGACUGUCUUUGUGAUGCAGCUUUCUGCUCGUCUACGAUCAUCUGAACUUGAGGAAUUCUUUUCACGAGCGGGGAAAGUGCGAGCUGCCCGGAUUAUUGAGGACCGCAAUACUGGAAGAUCAAAGGGAGUUGGAUAUGUAGAAUUUUAUGAAGAGGAGUCAGUAGCCAAAGCAAUUGAACUGACUGGACAGAAACUCUUAGGUAUCCCCGUUAUUGCGAAACAUACAGAAUCCGAGAAAAACCGCUUGGCUCUUCAAGCAUCUAAUCAAGCCCAAGCUGCAAUGGAGACCCCAGCUCCCUCUACUCCUGUCGACUUGUCUCAACAUCGACUUUAUGUCGGGUCUGUAAAUUUUGAUUUGACAGAAGAAGAUCUUAAACAGGUUCUUGAGCCUUUUGGACCUAUUGAGUUUAUCAAACUACAUAGGGAUGCAGAGACAGGAAAAUCAAAAGGCUUUGCUUUUGUUCAAUACAAAAAUGCAAUCGACGCAAAGCAGGCUAUGGAACGGAUGAAUGGAUACGUUUUGGCUGGAAGAGCUAUUAAGGUCGGCCUUGUUACAGAAAAAGGAACUACACAAAAUAACGGCUAUCAGUACAAUAGUAGUAACGGUCAAAUUAAUAAUAGCAUUAGCAUUGAUGACAGUGAUACAGCCGGGUAUGCUAUGACUUCUCAGUCCCGUGCAGAUUUGAUGCAAAAACUAGCAAGGGGCGACGCAAGCCUUGGCGCCACUGCCAAUCCUCCAGCUGCGCCGAGCCCUACUACAACAUCUUUUGUUCCUCCUAGGCAGCUCCCUGUUGUCAUGCCUUCUCGUGCAGUGUUGUUAAAAAAUAUGUUUACGGAUGAGGACAAAUUGGAGCCAGAUUGGGCCCAAGGUUUGGAAGAAGAUGUCAAGGAGGAAGCUGAAAAGAGUGGUCCAGUUGUUCAUAUCCAUGUCGAGCAAGAAUCACAGGGUGAGAUCUAUCUAAAGUUCGAUACUAUUCAGUCCGCGACAAAUGCAGUGCAUACGUUAGGAGGUCGCUUCUUUGCCGGUAGGCAAAUUGUUGCUGCCUUCCUUCCGGAGAUGCUUUAUAACGUCCGCUUUCCUCGUGCAGCUAAUUUGUAGAUGAUCUCAAGAGAAAACAUGUGCCUUGCAUCCCCGCGACAAAGCCCUUCUUGAUGGUCAUAUUAUUAAGGAGCGCCAGAUACCGUCCUCAGUCACAAAUACGUCUUUUUCUUUCUUUUCCUUUUCUCUCUUGCUAUUGCCAGUAUAGCUGUUAAGUUCAUUUUUUAUUCAUCUCCUCGUUUUCUUGCUUCAACCGCUGCCUAGUGAACGAUGCUGCAAGGAACCAUGCCGAUCAUAAUCACUAUGAUCUCCACUGUACGAUUAAUAAAUUUUUUUUAUUUUUGAAUAGUGCAGCACGAUUGCUAUCGGUGGAGA